CAUCUAUCCUCUCUAACAGCUUCUCUUAUGCCUACUAGAGCAACAUAGCAUAAGGCUCUGUGCUGCCAUUGAUCCCCUGGUGGUUUUGGUUCUUCGUCCAAGACCAUUUCUGGAUAACAUGGGAGAAGACCUGACUGAAGUCUUCGGGCACGCGAAGUUGACGCAAGCGGAGUUGGUCGGAGCCACCUCGCCGGAGGAUCUUUUCAGCAUCUUGGAAACAUUUGAGGAUGCCAUAAAUGUGGAGCUACGUUCAGUAGGUUCUCAAGGGUUAGCUGGCCCUUUCGAGGCCGAUGAGGAUGAUGAAGAGGCCGGCCAAGCUCGGAAGAAGCAGAAAGUGUCGGACGCUGCGGUUGCCCGAGAUGGACAGCAGAAGACGUCUCACAUCACGGUGGAGCGCAACCGGCGGAAGCAGAUGAACGAUCACUUGUCGGUGCUGCGCUCGUUGAUGCCUUGCUUCUAUGUCAAACGAGGAGAUCAAGCAAGCAUCAUAGGAGGGGUAGUGGAGUACAUCAAGGAGCUGCAGCAAGUGUUGCAGUCCCUGGAGGCCAAGAAGCAAAGGAAAGCUUACGGUGAACUGCUAAGUCCAAGGCCAGCUUCCAGCCCGAGGUCUUCUUCAACCUUGAGCCCCAGACCACCACCUCUAAGCCCUAGAAUGGCUCUUCCCAUCAGUCCAAGAACUCCACAACCGAGAAGCCCUUACGGACCGGGGAUGCAACGCAGCUACCUCUCCCCGACACUGGUCUCCUCCCAUGAAUCCUCCUCUCCUCUUGACAGCAGCAGCUCUGAGCUGGUAGCCAACUCCAAAUCCCCGGUGGCCGAUGUGGAGGUGAAGUUCUCAGGCCCAAACGUGAUCCUUAGAACUGUGUCGCAUCGCAUCCCUGGGCAAGCUCUGAAGAUAGUUGCAGCUCUCGAGGCCCUCGCGCUCGAGAUACUCCAUGUCAGAAUCACCACCGCCGAUGACACCAUGCUCAACUCAUUCACCAUCAAGAUCGGAAUAGAGUGCGAGCUCAGCGCCGAGGAACUCGCACAAAAAAUUCAGCAAACAUUCUGCUAAAGCUACAGCUGCUUCACAGCAAAUCAACCAUGUUUCCGACCUGGAAAUAGUUGGCCACCACUCUCUCCUCUCUGAGGGCGAAAGAUGUAGCAGCAAAGAGAAUGGGGAAGGCGCCUAAAUCAAGUCCAAGUCUGGUUAGCAAAGGACCAGCCGUAGUUUUUUACUCUUGUAGUCUGAAGAUUCUCCAUUUCACUCUGAACUUUUGAGUGCGAUUCGAUCCAUUUCCUUAGUUCCAUGCUGUUGAUUGCUUGUUCCACAUGACCCGAAUGUAUUGGCUUCCCCACACACACACGCAUCGGCAGCAGCAAAGAAUCUGUAGAUUGCAACCAUUCAAGUUCUGCUA